AUGAGCGAUUGUGUCUGGACUGUGAUUCAAAAGGCCGUGGAGGCCGAGUGGGAUGCCUCCAUCAUUCCUGCGCUGUCCGCCUACAUUGAAGUGCCGAACCAGAGCCCCGACUUUGACCCCCAGUGGGCGACGAACGGACUCAUAAAGAAGGCCUUUACCAUACUGAUCAACUGGAUGAAGGGGCAGAAUCUCCUGGGCCUCAGCUACGAGUUCAUGGAGGUCGAGGGAAGGACCCCGUUCCUUCUCGUCGAGAUCGCUGGGACGGAGCCGACGAAGAACACCUUGCUCAUGUACGGCCACAUGGAUAAACAGCCGCCUCUCCACCCGUGGGACGAAGGCCUUGACCCCCACAAGGCAGUCUUGCGGGAUGGCAAGCUGUACGGCCGCGGCGGCGCUGACGACGGGUACGCGCUUUUUUCGGCCAUCACGUCUGUCUCGGUACUCCAGCGCCACGGCAUUCCGCACGGUCGAGUGAUCGUAGUCAUUGAGGCGUGCGAAGAGUCUGGCAGCUUCGACCUGGACUACUACAUGGAGCGCUGCAAGGAGCGCAUCGGCAACGUGGAUUUGAUGGUGUGCCUAGACAGCGGCUGUCUCAACUACUCGCAGGUAUGGCUCACGACGUCGUUGCGUGGUGUGACGGGUGGGUUGCUGAACGUGCAGACACUGACGGAAAGCAUGCACAGUGGCGUCGCCGGCGGCGUCGUGCCGGACACGUUCCGCAUUGCAUGUGAGCUGCUGGGCCGCGUCGAGGAUUCAAAGACCGGAAAGGUGCUGUUCCCUGAGGCCUACUGCGAGAUUCCAGACUACGUUGUCAAGUCCAUGGAGUCGAUGAAGAUCGUGCCGUUCAAGGACCAGUUUGCCAUGGCCGACGGCGUGUCGACAGAGUCGGGAGACAAUGUGGAGCUGGCGCUGCGGAACUUCUGGAAGCCGAGUCUCACUGUGACAGGGGCCAACCUGCCGGAGCCACAGAUAGCCGGCAACGUCAUCCGCACCCACACCUCGCUGAAGCUGUCCCUCCGCGUCCCGCCCCUGGUGGACGCGGAGAAGGCCACCCAGGCCAUGGCCAAGGUGCUUGUGGCCAACCCGCCGUACGGCGCUAAGGUGUGGUUUGAGCCCGAGGUUCCCGGCAAUGGCUGCGCGACCCCAGAGCUGAAGCCGUGGCUCCUGACCGCGCUCAACGAGGGCAGCAAGAUGGCGUACGGCAACCCGCUCGCAUUCCAGGGCAUGGGCGGCGCGAUCCCAUUCAUCUCCAUGCUCAUUAAAGCGUACCCGCAAGCGCAGUUCGUUGUCACCGGCGUCCUUGGUCCAAAGAGCAACGCGCACGGCCCCAAUGAGUUUCUGCACAUCAAGUACGCUAAAAGCCUCACGUUUGUCAUCAGCCACGUUGUCGCUGAGCACUUUCGCCACACUCCCAAGUAA